GGUCCUAGUAGUUAACAUUUCACACUCUUUGUUCCUGCACAUUUGAAACAGUUGUGAGAGAGUACUACCAUUAUUAUUAUUGCUCCACCAAAAUCUACAACUCAUUUCUAAAUUCUAUCUUAAAUACAUUCACUAUUCAUCAAAACGAGUAUUCCCUCUUUUCCUUAAAAGCUCACUUUCCAAUCUCCAAUCUUGUAUUGUUUUGUUCAUCUCAAUGUUUGUUUGGGGCACAGAAAAUGCUACCAGUUUCAACAAAGGGUGAAGAUAUCAUCCAGUCUAAUUUUCCCUAGUUUCGAUCUUAUCAUAUCAUCUACAACGACAAAGCCACCGGUAGAAGAAAUCUUGAAUAUAUUAUAUGUCAUUAAUUGAGGAGGUAAAUCUUGAAUAGCAAGUGCAGUUAUUCCACUUUUGUGCCUGUUUUUUAUAGCAUAUGGCGGUUCUUACACCUGUAACUUCAAAAUUUGGAGCAAAGUAUCGUUCUCUAGCUCCUUUUAGAUUUCUAAGGGGUUUGGCAUGUCUACUGGUUCUGGUUUCAUCAGCAUUUGUAACAUUGGUCUUCUUUGGCUUUAUCAGUGCUGUUAUAGUGCGACUUUUUAGCAUCGGUUACAGCAGGAAAACAACAUCAGUUUUCUUUGGUGCUUGGCUAACUUUGUGGCCCUUUCUAUUUGAAAAAAUCAACAAGACUAAAGUUGUGCUCUCUGGAGAUAUCGUUCCUUCAAGAGAACGGAUCUUACUGAUAGCGAAUCACAGAACUGAAGUCGACUGGAUGUAUUUAUGGGACCUUGCAUUGCGGAAGGGAUGCAUUGGAUACAUUAAAUAUAUACUAAAGAGCAGCUUGAUGAGACUUCCAAUUUUUGGUUGGGCAUUUCACAUACUGGAGUUCAUCCCGGUGGAAAGGAAGUGGGAAGCUGACGAGUCAAAUAUGCGUCGAAUGCUUUCUACAUUCAAGGAUCCCCAAGAUCCUCUCUGGCUUGCUAUUUUCCCCGAAGGCACUGAUUUUACUGAACAGAAGUGCAUUCGAAGUCAAAAAUAUGCUGCUGAACACGGUUUACCGAUUCUGAAAAAUGUUUUACUGCCAAAAACCAAGGGCUUUUGUGCCUGUUUGCAAGAGUUGGGAGGCUCUCUAAAUGCAGUUUACGAUGUUACGAUUGGCUACAAAUACCGCUGCCCGUCUUUCUUGGACAACGUCUUUGGAGUGGAUCCUUCCGAAGUUCAUAUCCAUAUCAGCCGCUUUCCCAUCGAUUGUAUCCCGACAUCCGAAGACAAAAUCUCCACGUGGCUGAUGGAUAGAUUCCGGAUUAAGGACCAGUUGCUUUACAAUUUUCAAUUUCAAGGUCAGUUUCCUGAUCAAGCAAAAGAGAGUGACCUUCCUACUGUGAAGAGCAUUAUAAACUGUGUGAUAGUUAUCACAUUGACCGGCUUAUGCAUGUACUGCAUUUUUUCCUCUGUCUGGUUUAAAAUUUAUGUAUCUGUAGUCUGUGCUUAUUUGGUUCCGGCUACAUAUUUCAACAUUCGGCCGCAACCUGUUCUUGAACUUUUUAAGAUGUGAUCUAAUUGAGACAUCUUGAAUACUUGAAUAUUUUGCGAGGUUGAGAUUCAUGUCUGAUUCUAGUUGUAAUAUUAACACUGUAAUAUCGGAUUCGGAGAUUGUUUACUCGGCCCUGGCGUUGGAGAGUGUUUCAUCAAAUGUUCUUUGAGUUUGAGGUUAA